AUGGAUUCCGAACACCGCAAAAUUGAACUCCAAUCCCCGACAGACCUCACCUAUCUAACUUCAAAAAUCCGCACUGCCGCCCGCCAAAAACUCGACCUUCACCUGCCCCCCGUCUCCGACACUAGUGAGCCUGACGAACUGCGACGCAACGUUGAAGAACUAGUCGAAGCAUUUGUCGCCCAAGUUCUACAAGGCAUGCGGCAUAACAUUAGUAUAAAUGGCAUCGACGUUAUCGCGCGCGGCCGCUCUGGCGAUGAAGACGAGCGCGGCGAGAAAAUAAAAGGGAUACUAUCUGCCGACAACGAAGGCGAGUCGCUCGUUGAAAAAGAAGAAUUCGAGCCUUUUGACGACAAGUUGCGGGGUCAGCUAUCGAGUACGGUAGCGAAGCGUGAUGCACUUAUUGCAAAGAUCUCACAGCAUAGGAGGACAACGCCAAAGGCGGCGGCAGACGCGUUUCAGGAGCAGUUUGAGCAGGAGAAUAGGGAGAUAGAGGAGAAGAUUAGGGGUAUAGUUAAAGGCGCUGAGGUACUGGGUGUGGCGGAUGUGGCGGAUGUUGAGGCGAAUAUGAGACAGGAAGAGGUAGAGAAGAAUUGGGAGCGGGCGGUUGAAGGACUACAAAGGCUGAAUAAGGGGUUGCCGGAGACCAUGGCAAGGUUGGAAAGGGCGGGGGAUGUGGCGGGGUAUCUAGGGAAAAAGUAG